GAAAGCGUUCGUUGAAAGAGGACCUGCAACCCUGCCGUCUUUGUGUUGACAACUUCGGAGGAUUAAGAGUGUUUGAAUGGAUAUUACCAGGUGUACGGAGAAAUGGGAGAGGCCUCCAACAUCCUCCAUAAUGCUGUCUAGCAAGAAAUCAGAUGCUGGUUCCUCCUCCUCCUCUUCCUCAUCUUCUGUUGGAGCAUCAGGAGGUGAAAGGGCCUUGGGUUCUGAUGCACAGACAGGUCCCUCUGCCUCGGCUGCAGGAGCUAUGGAUUCAAAGAAGAAGGAAAGGUCUUCCCCUAGUGGGGAACCUGGAGGAGCCUCUUUCCCCCACCAGCCAGGCCCUGGAGGGGCCGAUCAGGAUUCAGCUGAAGUCCGCAGGACGAGUCGACGCAAGCGAGCAAAACAGGUGGAGUACCGUGAGAUGGACGAAAGCCUGGCCAAUCUGUCGGAGGACGAGUAUUAUUCUGAGGAGGAGAGGAACGCCAAGGCAGAGAAAGAAAGGAAGCAGGUCAUCCCUCCUCCACCACCACCACCAGAGGAGGAGAACGACAGUGAACCCGAAGAGCCAUCUGGUCUUGAAGGAGCUGCUUUCCAGAGCCGUCUUCCUCAUGACCGAAUGACAUCACAAGAGGCUGCCUGCUUCCCCGACAUCAUCAGCGGUCCCCAACAGACUCAGAAGGUCUUCCUGUACAUCCGCAACCGCACAAUCCAGCUGUGGCUGGACAACCCUAAAAUUCAACUGACCUUUGAGGCCACAGCACAGCAGCUUGAAGCUCCAUACAACAGUGACACUGUGUUGGUCCACAGAAUACACAGCUACUUAGAAAGGCAUGGCCUCAUCAACUUUGGUAUAUACAAGAGAGUUAAGCCUUUACCCACCAAGAAGACUGGGAAGGUUAUCAUCAUUGGGGGCGGUGUUUCUGGUCUAGCUGCUGCCAGGCAGCUGCAGAGCUUUGGGAUGGAUGUGACAGUGCUGGAAGCCAGGGACCGUGUUGGAGGCAGAGUGGCAACAUUUAGGAAGGGCAAUUAUGUUGCAGAUCUGGGGGCCAUGGUGGUGACAGGGCUGGGAGGGAAUCCAAUGGCUGUGAUCAGUAAGCAGGUUAAUAUGGAGCUUGCCAAGAUCAAACAGAAGUGUCCACUGUAUGAAGCUAAUGGGCAGGCUGGGGAACGGUGCACAAGUGUCCCAAAAGAAAAAGAUGAGAUGGUGGAGCAAGAGUUCAACCGACUACUGGAGGCCACAUCUUACCUCAGCCACCAGCUAGACUUCAACUUCCUCAACAACAAGCCUGUUUCUUUGGGACAGGCCCUGGAGGUCGUCAUACAGCUGCAGGAGAAGCAUGUAAAAGAUGAGCAGAUUGAACACUGGAAAAAGAUUGUGAAGACUCAGGAGGAACUUAGGGAUCUUCUCAACAAGAUGGUGUCCACGAAGGAACGGGUCAAGGAGCUCCAUCAGCAUUAUAAAGAAGCAAGCGAAGUCAAGCCGCCCAGAGAUAUCACAGCCGAGUUCCUGGUGAAGAGCAAACACCGCGAUCUGACUGCACUCUGCAAAGAGUAUGAUGAGUUGUUAGAGAUGCAGGUGAAGCUUGAGGAGAAGCUACAGGAGCUGGAGGCCAAUCCACCCAGUGAUGUUUACCUCUCAUCGAGGGAUCGGCAGAUCCUUGACUGGCACUUUGCCAACUUGGAGUUUGCCAACGCCACACCCCUCUCCACCCUGUCUCUCAAGCACUGGGAUCAGGAUGAUGAUUUUGAGUUCACUGGCAGCCACCUGACAGUAAGAAAUGGUUACUCGUGCGUUCCUGUGGCCCUUGCUGAGGGUUUGGAUAUCAAACUGAACACAGCAGUGCGACAGGUCCGAUAUACAGCAUCUGGCUGUGAGGUGAUAGCUGUCAACACCCGCUCCACAACUCAGACCUUUAUAUACAAGUGCGAUGCAGUGCUGUGCACAUUGCCCCUUGGUGUGUUGAAACAGCAGCCCCCCGCAGUCCAGUUUGUUCCCCCACUGCCAGAGUGGAAGACAUCCGCCAUACAGAGGAUGGGUUUUGGAAACCUUAACAAGGUGGUGCUGUGUUUUGACCGCGUCUUCUGGGAUCCAAGUGUUAACCUGUUUGGUCAUGUCGGCUCCACAACUGCAAGCAGGGGCGAACUCUUCCUCUUCUGGAAUCUUUAUAAAGCUCCAAUCCUGCUCGCUCUGAUGGCUGGAGAGGCAGCUGGUAUCAUGGAGAACAUCAGUGAUGAUGUCAUCGUCGGACGCUGCCUGGCAAUUCUCAAAGGAAUAUUUGGAAGUAGCGCUGUACCUCAGCCAAAGGAAACUGUGGUCACUCGCUGGCGUGCAGAUCCCUGGGCGAGGGGCUCCUAUUCGUACGUCGCAGCAGGUUCUUCGGGUAAUGACUACGACCUCAUGGCACAGCCCAUCACACCUGGCUCAGCCAUACCUGGAGCCUCGCAGCCUGUCCCUCGUCUCUUCUUUGCUGGCGAACACACCAUCAGAAAUUAUCCCGCUACAGUUCACGGCGCCCUGCUCAGUGGCCUUCGAGAGGCCGGACGUAUCGCAGAUCAGUUCCUGGGUGCCAUGUACACACUUCCCAGACAAGCCACACCCACAGCCACUAGCAACCCUCCGCAGGCUCAGCCCACCGCCAGCGUCUGAAACGGCCUUGUACAUCCUGUCGACUGACUGUCCCAUCAACUCUAGCAGCUCAUAAAAAAAAUAAAAAUCUUAAGGUUAAAAAAAAUUAACCUUACUGAAACAGGUUUUUUUUCUUCACUGGAGCAUUUCAGAGGGAAUGGGCUAAAUAUGAGCUUGUACUUACAGUUUGCCUACAUUUGAAUGAGAGAGGAUGACAAACUAUUGCAAAGACUGAGCCUCUGUCAUGCAACAAGAAAAUAUUUCAGUUUUAUCACAAGCUGAUGUGGUAAUCCAUUGUGAACUUUAUAAAUGUGAUUUCUCCAUUUUAAAAUGCAAAAGCUUGUGUUUACUUUCAGUAGUUGGAAUGACUUGAUGUAUUUGACCUUGCGGGGUAUUUGCUAUUUAUGAGCUCUUGUAUAAAGUUAAAGGGAUGGCUAAAAACAUCCACACUAAAUGAACACAAAACUUAAAAAGCAUACAUUACACUCAGCAGGUGACCAACACAGUAACACGCCCUCUUUAAAACAUUUGCCUUUAAAAGGAAGAUUUUUCCUUCUGUUGUUACACUAGAGGUCUUUUCUUGGUUCUCUAAGGCUAAAAAUAUUGCUUUAUACUGUAGCUCUAUGCCUCAUACAUUUAAUUCUAUCAUUUAGGCAGCUGAGUGUAGUUAAAAAGUUUGUACUUAAAGCUAAAAAUAAUAUGGCUUUUUUCUUUUUUUUUUUUUUUUUUUUUUUUUUUGCCAUUGCAAGUCUAAGUAACUUGUCGACCUAUUUCAUUUUAUAUUGUCAAAAUGUUUUGUUAUUAAAUGACGACACAAAUCCAAAGUUUGAGUCUGUGUUUAUUUAAAAUUAAACGGGGUUUAAAUUUU